AUGUCGUCGUCGUCGUCACGCAGCGCCGACCAGCCGGGGGUGUCGGAUGAUGCCGGGCGCCGGGGUGCCCUCGAGGGUCAUGACGUCGACCUGACAGGCGAUCCACCUGUCGAUCCGUCGCCGCCCUCGCCGGCCGGAGCUCGCCGGCGGCCCGGUCCCUCGACUCCCUCCUCCUCUCGGCGGGAGGCCGCCUCAUGGGGCCCGCCCGCCAGCCCGUCAACCCCCUCGCGGCGUCUGGCCUUCGGGCACUCGCUCAUCCCCCCCUCGCCGAUGAGCCAGUCGGCCAUGCGAUCGGCUCGAGGCCCCUUGCGGGAGGCAUCCCCCGCGGUCGCGCCGCUGUUCGACUCGUCGGCCCUGCUGGCCGAGCCCACUGACGGUCCUCCCCUGCGGCCGGCCAGCGCCACCCCCUUGCCCGGCCUUCCCCGGCCAUCGACACAGCAGAUGUCCCGCACCCUUCAAAUGCUCUCCUCGGCCGGGUCCCUGCGCCCGGGGAUCGCCCCCAGCCGGGCCUCCCUGGAGACCACGCACUCAAUGACCGCCACCCAGCUGCCCCGGCCGACGGUGUCCGUGCCCUCGCCGGUGGUCGGUCCACUGGGUGGUCGGCACGCCCAUCGCCCUGGGAAUGAUCGCGGCCGAUCCCUCACCUCCCACACCGGGGGAGCAUCUCACUCUCACCUUUCCGCCUCCGGAGGCCGGCGAUUGUCUCUCACGGGGCUCCAUGCCCCAUCCGAGGAGCCGGCCUCCGCGCCCCGGCCCCCAACCAUACGUACUCGCGACAAUCGGCCUCUGGAAUUCUUCCAGCCGAGAUCCAAACGCCGGCGUACCGACUCGCCCGGGCCGCCGGCCACCCUCGGCCCCUCUUCCGGCCCCGUGCCUCCGAACGAGCGCCAGAUCGACGGUCAGCAGCAGCAGCAGCCACAGCAACCAUCGCCACAGGCGGACACCCCGCCCACCGCCCCGGUCAUCCAGGCCGAUCCCUUUGAAGACCUGUCGCACGAUCUGUCCGAGGAAAGGAUCCCGGCCUCCAGCAUCCCAGGGGCCGAGGCACCCACUUGUCCAUUUGUGGUGCAGGCCAUUUGCCGGGUCCUGCCAUGGGGCGGGCCCCUGCCCGAGGGCUGGCCUGGCACGUUGGCCUUCACCUCGCUGACGGACGUUGCUGCCGAGCUCCUGGGCCCGGCGCAUGCCCUGCUGACGGCCACCACGGUGACCCAUGGCAGCCGGGACUUCCGGGGGAUGAUUUUCUUUGCCCUUUUUUCCCUGCUUCCCAUGGCCUUUUCGCAGAUGGCCCUUUCCCAGCCGCCGGAGGCUGCUUCCGCUGCCUCGCCCACCAGCGCGGCCACGGUGGACAUCGACGUGGUUGGGCUCGGAUCUGCCCCGGCCACGCCGGCUCCAGCCGGCCAUACCAUCGCCGCGAUCGACCUGUCAGCCAGCAGCCCGGACCCCGGGGCAUCGGCCCCAGCAGCCAGCCAUCCCACCGGGCCAUGCGCGCAGGAGCCCACGCCGUCCGAGCAGGAGCCUUCCCCCUCGCGCCCGGUGUCGCCGCCGCACUGUUCAUCGCCGCCGUCGCCAUCGUCACCGCCGCCACCGCCACCGCCCCCGCCAGCGGCCCCCUCCGGCACUCGGCGCUCGGCCCGAGUCCGCCGGCAGCCUCCCUCCUCGUCAUCGUCCGAGCUGCUGGACGAUUUCCCGGCCGACACCUCGGCACUCGAGGCCUUUUCCCUUGCCACACUGAUGGCCUCCCGGCGGCAGUGCAAUGCCCACCCGGUGAGCAUUCCCGGGCUGGGGUUCCUGCUGCCCGCGCUCCAGGCGCGCAUUCAGCUUCUCUUCGACCUGGAGACUGCCCCGGCCACGGCCUUCCCGAAGGAGGCGGCCGAGGCCGCCGCCGCCGCGCUAGCCAGCGCCAACACCGUGGUCAAGCAUCUGGCUGCCCUGGCUCGGCGCCUGUCCAGGCGCAAGCCCUUCACGGACCCCUAUGCCACGGAUGACAUUCACGCCCAUGCCAAGUCUCUGCUGGAAAGUGCGGCCGCGGCCCGGCGGGCUCAUUCUUCCGCGGCCGAUGCCCUUCUGGCCGCGUCGCCGAGUCUGCUGCGGCUGGACCCGGCCUUUGGCCGUGCCGUGGCCCAACGGGCCUGUCGCCUGCUGGCCAGCUCAUCGGCCAGCUGGCAUCCCCCGGUGGCGGCUGGUGCCCAUCCGACCACGGCCUUCUGCCCGCUCUUUUGGUUCCCCUUCUCCGGGUCCGGGGCCGUGUCGAUCGGCAUCGAGGAGGUCGGUCGCAUUGCCUCCAAUCAAAUGCUCAAUGAUUCGGCCAUCGAUUUUUACCUCAAGUAUCUCGCGCACGAUGUCUAUCCCCUGGCCGCUGGUCUCGCCACGGGGCCGGCUCCGGCGCACUUGAACCACAUUCGUCUGCCCGAAGUCUUCAUCGAUUCCAUUCAGUCAUCCCAUGACGAGGCUUUCGAAUCGAUCCCCCGGGCCCCGGCCACGCCGCCGGCCUCGGUGCACAUCUUCAACACCUUCUUCUUCACUCGCCUGUCAAAGCUCCUGAAAAAUGGCCAGCCCUUGACGCUGCUAUCACAAAGUCUCCGCCGGGUGGACCUGCUGCAGCGCGACUUCUGGGUGAUUCCGGUCAAUCAUAUGGUUCACUGGCUGACAGUGGUUGUCUGCUAUCCCGGACGCCUGCUCGAGUGCCCGGACUACCUGGCGCAUUUUGACCCGAAUGGACCUCCCCAGCGGGGGCGCCCUGCGCCGGUUCCCGUGCCUGCGCUCACCCGCCGGCAGCUUCGCAGCCGCCAGGAAGCCGCCCGACGAACGGCCGAGGUCCGACGUGCCAUCGACCUGGCUGCCGAUCACCUGCGCACCUCGCCGGCCAAACCGCCAGGCGCCUCUCCCGAUUUUCCCACGGACUCCGGGGGACCGGCCGUGGCACUGGACCUGCUGGCCGAGCAAAGGGCCUCGCCCGAUCCUGGGACCGCCUCGUCUUCUUCGCCAGACCCGGCGGAGGAGAGCAGCCUCGACUUGGUCCUCGAGGAUGCCGUCCCCGGUGAGGCAUCCCCGCCGGACACUCUCUCCGAGGAGGAACUGCACUGUCUGACCAGCUACACCGAUACCUACACUCCCUUCAUCAUUGUCCUUGAUUCCCUUCACGACCAUCGCGUCACCCGCUCCACCAUCAACCCUGUCCUUGCGUAUCUGGAUUUCAUGCUCACGCAAUCCCUCGCCCGGCGGGAGGCCGAGGCUGCCUCUGAGCCGGCGUCCUCCAAGGCUCCCACCGCCGGCUCUCCUGCCCCCGGCCAGGAUCCCUCUGGCCAAGAUCUCGCCAGUCAGGAGGCCCCCCGUCGGCCGGAGUCCCUUCAGCUGCCGGAAACCUUCGUGCUGAAAGAGUCCAUCACACGAAUGGCCAGUUGUGUGUCCUUCCGGGCCGUGCGCCUGCCCCUGCAAUCCAAUCUUACCGACUGCGGCAUCUUCCUACUUCAGUAUAUUGAGAACUUCCUCGCCGCUCCGAGGCUGUAUUACCUGCUUGCUGUCAUGUACGAGGUCGUACAUUACAAGUCCUCCUUCAAAUUCGCCGGCGCUCGAAGCAGCGGCCCAUGUGCGCCGACCCUCGGCCCGGAGGCGGAACUGGCUCUCCUGGAGACCCUCCUCUCCCCGCACCACCCGACCACCAUGCCGGCCGGGCUCUCCAUAAACCGCAUGUGCAUCGAUAUCACGCCGCCUGACACCGCGGUCGGUGCAGCGGCCCAGGCCUUCGGUGUCGUCCACUCCCGGAGCCUUCUCCAGGAGCUGGUUGCCUCGUCCGGCUAUGCAGUGGCCCUGCGCGGGUGCCUGACCGCACGCCGCCUCCUGGGCGAGAACCUCCGCCGUGAGUCCGUCACACUGGUGGACGAGGCCCCCGAGCAGGGCUCAGCCCCGGCACUCGCGGCCGAAGCCCCGAUCACCGAGGAUCUCACCGGAAAUGGCGAUCUCGGCGAUUCCCCGGCGACGAUGGUGCCCCCCCGGCGCCAGCCAACCUCCCGACGCCGGGCCGCGGCCCGCUGGGCCGGCCUCCCGGGCGGGCCGCUCAAGCAGUGGUUCUCUCCCCGAGAGAUCAUCAACAAACGCGGGGAAAUGCUGCUCGUCUACGAGCGCAUGGCCGGGCUCUUCCUCCAUCAGCACGUUGUGCCGAUGGACACCACGGCUUGCGGGACCUCCCCGCAAUCCCCCCUCCCAUGAGGCAGCCCGGCGAGCCCCCUUUCUCCUUGUCACCUAUACAUCCCUCAUAGAUAGAUCCCCACUCCUCUGCUCUUGCCACUUUCCCAGGCUCGCCUGCUUCUUUUCCCGGCCCCAUACUGCCGGAAGGUGUGUUGUCCGGGCAAAAUAAACACACCUUGCCUCGGGGCAAAGGUCGAUGAAACGGAAA